AUGAAUCCAAGCAGCGAAGAAAAACAGCAACAAGCCGGCGACAGAAUGUCGCUAUCGAACCAUGAAGACCCCGAGAUGGGUGACGAGAAACCCAAGGACGCUGACAGCGCACCCACCAAACACACCCCAGACGAAGACAAGCCGCUCGACCAAAAAAGCGCCGGCCUCAUCGCCAUCAUCAUGACCGCCCUCUGCCUCGCCGUCCUCCUCUCCGCCCUCGACGUAACAAUCAUCACCACCGCCCUCCCCUCCAUCGCCGAACACUUCCACUCCUCCUCCGGCUACACCUGGAUCGGCGCCUCCUACCUCCUCUCCAGCGCAGCCAGCACGCCGCUCUGGGGCAAGCUCUCGGACAUCUUCGGGCGGAAACCGACACUCCUCCUUGCCAACGCCGUUUUCAUGGUGGGCAGUCUGAUCGCGGCUUUGUCGGUAAAUGUGGGGAUGCUGAUCACGGCGAGGGCGAUUCAGGGCGUUGGUGGGGGUGGGUUGUUGACGCUCGUGGAUACUAUUGUGGGGGAUUUGUUCAGUGAACGGGCCAGGGGGGCGUAUCUUGGGUUGGUCGGGGCGACGUGGGCGGUUGCGGCCGGGUUAGGACCGGUGGUGGGUGGGGCGUUCACGCAGAGGGUUAGUUGGAGGUGGUGCUUCUACAUCAACCUCCCCCUCGACGGCGUGGCGUUCUUCAUCAUCCUCUUCUUCCUCAAGAUCAAGACUCCUCGGACGCCCAUCCUCAAGGGCCUCGCCGCCAUCGACUGGCUCGGCACCAUCCUCGUCACCGGCGCAACACUGACCUUCCUCUUUGGCCUCGAAUACGGCGGCAUCACCUUCCCCUGGGACUCCGCCACCGUGAUCUGCCUCCUCGUCUUCGGCGUCGUCCAAGCCAUCCUCUUCAUCCUCGUCGAAUGGAAACUCGCCUCCUACCCGGUCAUGCCCCUCCGCCUCUUCCGCACCCGCUCCAACUCCGCCCUCCUCCUCGCCGCCUUCUUCCACGGCCUCGCCUUCAUCGGCCCCCUCUACUUCCUCCCGCUCUUCUUCCAAGCCGUCCGCGGCGCCAACCCCCUCCUCUCCGGCGUCUACCUCCUCCCCACCGCCCUCGCCAUCGGCUUCUCCGCCAUCGCGACCGGCGCAUACCUAGGAAUUACAGGCCAAUACCUCCCGCCGAUAUAUCUGGGCUGGGCCAUCAUGACGCUCGGCUUCGGCCUCCUCAUCGACCUCACCUCCACCUCUGGCUGGGCGAAACUCAUUCUCUACCAAAUCAUCGCCGGCGUAGGCAUCGGCCCCUACUUCCAGGCGCCCCUCGUCGCCCUCCAGGCAAACGUCUCCCUCGGCGACAUCGCCACCGCCACAGCAACCCUCAACUUCAUCCGCUCCCUUGCGACCUCCAUCGGCGUCGUCCUCGGCCAAGUCGUCUACUCUAACCAACUCGACAAGAAACACACCUCCCUCACGUCCUCCCUCGGCCCCGCCAUCGCCGCGCAACUUACCGGCGGGAACGCGGAUGCAAAUGUACAGGUCAUCGAUCGGUUGCCGGAGCCACAGAGGAGGGUUGCGAGGAUGGCGUUUGCGGAUGCGAUGACGGAUAUGUGGAUUAUGUAUACGGUUUUUGCUGGGGUGGGGUUGGUGCUUUGUGGGUUUUUGGGAAGGAAGACGUUGAGUAGCGAGUGGGUGGAGAGGGAGACGGGGUUGGAGGCGGAGAGGAGGUUUAGGGAGGAGGAGAGGGCGAGGGAGGAGGUGAGGAGGAGGGGGAAGGUGGGAGGGGAUGUGUGA